AUGGGGACUCCUCCCAAGGGCCGUCCUCCAAUCAGCAUGUCGACUUUCCCAUCCAUGAUGGCUCCAGGAUCUACGCUCGGUAGCACGCCGGGAACUUCGCCAGGAGACUCUCCAGGAGCCACGUCAUCACCUUCCGAACCGAAACCUCCGGCUGGGCUUAAUAUCUCCUCGUUUUCGUCGUACUCUUCCAUUCACGACUCGAGGGCUCAAAAGAAGAGCCUUCUUGGCGGUAACCCAGCUUUCGGCGGGAAACCCGGCGGCGGAGCGUUCGGAGGAGACGCGUCGCAGAAGCACCAAAGCAACGGGUCGCACGCCAAUCUCCCCCGCUGCCCGUCGCCGAACACGACUCUCGGUCGUCCAGGCCCGUCGCCGCAGUCGUCGUAUCCGGUGUCGCCGGAAUCGUCGGACGAGUCGUCGCCUUCCGUCGCCGCAGUGCCCGCGUCGCAGAAAUCCGGUUCAGUGCUAAGAUCAGUUUCUGGAACCGGAAACUCGUUUUUAGGAGGAGGUAAUUCGUUUCUAGGGAGAAGCGGCGCGACAGGCGCCGUUGCGCGGUUGGCUGGGGAGAGCAAUAACGGCUCGGCGACUCCUCCGCGAACUUUUGCGAACGAGUUCAGCGCGAAGGUUACCAACCAGUUGCACGAGCUGGGAGGGAAUGGGGGUGGUGGAUCGGGUACUUCGUCUACUGCGAGCUCUGGCGAAGUCGCGACGACUGCGAUUGAUUCUCCGCCAGUCAACGCGAUCUGCUUAAACAUGCAAGAGGUCGAAGAUGUUGUGGCCGAAAAGGAAUUCUCCAAAGCAGUGUUGCAGUUUAUCGACAUUACAACGAUCUCUUCAAGCGUUGACGAUGACGGAACGCAAGCGGAAUACGUCAUUUGGGGCCUGAAGUUCUCCGACGCUGCUGGAUGGGAAUUCCCCGCUAAAGCCGCCGCUCCCGCGACGGCCUCCCCCGCCGAUUCUCCCCCGCGCGCGCAAUCCUCCGCUCCCCUUCAGCCUGGCGCAAGCGGAUACUUCGGCGCUCCGCGCAUCGUUCCGACGGUAAUUCCACCGAAGGUUGCCAAUCUGGCGGAGCGCGGCGCGCAGACGAUCGCGCCCUCGGAAGAGCCAAUGAAAAGGCUGAACGGGCCGCGGGAGGUGGAUCUUGAUUUGCUGCCGAAAUAUAUGACGGACGAUGAUUUGACGCGAUACAUCUUCGAUUAA